CCGCAUUUCCCAGCCGAGGGGCUGCACCGUUGGUGCUUUUCGAGUGGUGCCGGUGCCAUGAGUCGGACGAUGCCACUGCCCUUUUUGCUGCACCAGACAUCAGCUUUUCAGCCGAGAUGGAACUGGGGUCCUGCCUUAAUGCCCUUUAUCGGUGUGGCGCUUAUUUUGUUCAAGACUCUAGUUAUCAUUUGUGGUCUCCAACUUCUUCGCUAUGCAGCCCUGGUGGACCAUAGAGAGGGUCUGAAGUAUAGGCUUCUCGGCCUCUCCAUGGCAAUGGCAAUCGGGCCACUUGCAGAAGUUUCUGCGUAUGCCUUUGCUCCACAAUCCCUCCUAGCUCCCCUGGACGGCUUUGAUGUCAUAUGGAACAUUUUGCUGGCGCCGUACACUUUGGGUGAAAGUAUUAGCAGCGCGAAGGUGAUGGGCACAGGCCUCGUGUUCGCGGGGGCAGUCUCGGCCCCAAUGUUUGGACCGCACAACAAGCCACCUGAGACGAUGGCAUCUCUCCGAAUGAAAUUCUUGAGCCGCAACUUCUUCGGGUGGGCUUUGGUUUGCCUUGCUCUGGCAAUCUUCGGCUUUGUGACCUUGCCGCCCCCCAGCCGUGACAGCCGGAUAGCACUACGUGGGUUGAUGCUAGCCAUGGGCGGUGGCUUUGUAGCUGGGCAAAGAUUCUUUCUCUCAUCUACUGCCACUGUCAUCCACACCUCCUUUGAUGAGGGCGACUGGGAUAUGUGGAAUUAUCCACUUGCCUACUUUAUAGUUGGAGGCAUGUUCUUUGUGGCCAUCAUGAACGCUAUCUUGCUAAAUAAAGGACUGGCGGAGUUUGAGGCCAUGUUCAUGAUCCCAACAUUUGUUGGUACCUCCAUCAUCACCACAGCAGUGUCAGCAGCAGUUAUAUUGAAGGAGACGGCAACCUUAAUUUGGUGGAGGCUGCUGGGGUAUUGGUUUGGAAUUAUGCUGGUGGUCAGCGGCUUGGUCAUCAUUGCCCGGGAUGCCCGUCAUCAGCUGAACGGUUGCAGAGACCAACGGGAGUCUCAACGAGAAUUGCGACCAACCUCCGACAGCAGGGCGAUGAACCAUAUGAGCACGAGCAACAACAUGACCGUGGUCCCGUGCAACAGCGUAAGCAUUGACGAUCAGGACUCAUGACCGACGCUCCAGUGAACCUCAACACAGACACAGACCAGCUGCACUUGGUAGCUGAAUCUAGUCGGUAGGCGAAGGCCUGGGUCAAUAGUAUUCAAGGAGUUAGCAGUCUGCAACCCUUGGACAUGUGCGCAAUUCAGAUCGUUGAAUUAUACCUCACAGCUGAGCCCAGCGCACAGUGGGCAGCCUUGAACCUAUGCGGCGUGUGCCAGAUCACAGACCGUGAACCGUGAGUCUACCUUUGUUUUGGCUCCACCCUUUGUAAAUCCACAGAGGGUGGACCACCUGAAAACUUUCUUGGGUUCUUGGUGAGUGACCUCCAUGAUCC